AUGGCAGAACAACAAGUGGUUGAGUUUAUAAGGGGAACGCUAUUACGUUUAAUCAGACAGAUUGAAAACAGUUCUGGCGGAAUAGAUAAUCUUGAUGGCAUUUCGUAUCGCCUGGACUGGCUGUACAACUCCAUGGCACGAUAUUUCGGAGGGCAAGGACAAGAUGUUGAUGAACAAGUUAUUACCCUUGUCGGUAAUACUAACGAUAUCCUGAGGCAAAACGUGCAGAAUGUUUCUCACUCCUACUCAGUUGCCCGUGUGUCUACUGGAGGACGUGGGCGACCAAAAUUAAAUAUUCCGCAAGACCAACUGCAGUUUCUUGUUGAGAGAGGUUUUACAAUCCCAGAGAUUUCGCGUAUGCUGAGCACAAGUGUAAGAACAAUUGAAAGGCGCUUACAUGAUUUUGGACUGUCAGCGACCGAAAAUUAUUCGCAUAUUGAUGAUGAGUCUCUGGACAGGAUCAUACAAGAAAUCUUGCGAGAUUUCCCUUCAUUUGGAUACAGGCGAAUGACAGGUGCUCUCACAAGCAGAGGUAUCAAAGUUCAGCAAGUGCGUAUCCGUGAAGCUAUGAGACGAGUUAACCCAGAAGGAGUUCUUCUUCGCGCGUUAGCAAUUAACACUGUAAAUAGGCGUAAGUACCAGGUUUAUGGUCCGCUAGCACUUUGGCAUGUCGAUGGUAAUCACAAGCUUAUCAGGUUUGUGCUUUUACAUUUGAUAGUGAUACGGUUAAAUGGAAUCACGAAUAUUACAUAAAUGAAUAUAUGUGAUGUGUGUUCCAUGAAAUGGCCCAUUCCAUUUAAUAUACCCCCCCCCCCCCGAAAAUUUCUGAGGGGGGUUGAAAAAGCCGUUUCCGAGGGGUUGUGUGCAUCGGCAUCCUUUGAUCUUUGCGUUUUUUUCCAAGGGGUAAGGCAAAAAUUUCUUAAUUUCUGGAGGGGUGUUUGUGUCGGCACUUUGAUCUUUUUUUCUUAGGGGUUCAAAUUUUAUUGACUUUGUCCACAGGGGGGUGUGUACAUUAAAUGGAAUGGCCCAAUGUACUAGCUGCCUAUACUAUUAAUAGUUGUUGUAUACAGGGUGUAUAAAAAAAAACGAGACCUUUCGAAAUCAAGCAUAUUGUUAAAAUUUGAAUGCCAUUUCAAUUGCACAUAUGCUGAACUGUGGUGCGUGAAAUAUUGAUGGAGUGCAUAUAUUAGAAAAAGGAGACCUUUAGAAAUCAACCAUUGUUAUAAUUUGAAUUCUGGAGCACUUUGCUAAGCACAUAGCAGAUUGUUCCCAGAAGCAGACAAUCUUUUGUUUAAACGUUAUUUCAAAUUCUAAAGGUCUCCUUUUUCUAAUAUAUGCGUCCAUCAAUAUUUCACGCACUACGUUUCAGCAUAUGUGCAAUUGAAACGGCAUUCAAAUUUUAACAAUAUGCUUGAUUUCUAAAGGUCUCCUUUUUUUUUAUACACCCUGUAUAUACUUUUAGUAUUUUUGCACAAGUGAACACAACAAAUCCUACAAUGUGAUUGGUCAAAUUUGUCGUAUUAAUCUGUCAUAUUCACCUACAGGUGAAUACAACAAAAUCAAAAUUUUUAAAAUGCCAGCUAGCCGUUUUGUUAAAAUUAGUGAUAAAGAAAUAAGCGAAAUUAAAAUGAAUUCAGACCAGAAAAACAAAAAACCUCGACUUCAUCUCGGCGAAUAUUCCCCGAUAAUCACCUUGCCUUCAGCGAAUAAUUGUUAAAUAUUUUGACUUGACAGGUGGCGAAUAGUGAUUCACGGGGGAAUUGAUGGCUAUUCAAGGAUGAUUGUAUUUUUGAAGGCCAACCCUAACAAUACAGCAGCUACUGUAUUUGGUGUAUUCGUUAGAGCUGUUGAACGAUUUGGUCUACCUUCACGUGUACGUACUGACAAAGGUGGUGAGAAUGUAGAUAUUGCACGAUAUAUGCUGUCACACCCUCUUCGUGGUCCUGAUCGUGGCAGUCACCUAACUGGCAGAAGUGUUCACAACCAGCGUAUAGAGCGUCUGUGGAGGGAUGUUUUCUAUGGUUGCACUCACACAUUUUAUACACUAUUUGGUUGCAUGGAGGAUUGUGGUAUACUAGAUCCUUCAAAUGAGGCACAUUUAUAUGCACUGCAUUAUGUAUUCCUCCCACGAAUCAACAAGCAGUUAACGGAAUUUGUGAAUGCACAUGCUAGAGCUCCAACAAGUCACCUGAGCAGCUUUGGAUUUCAGGACUUUUGA